AUGGUUCAUGCGUCAAAUCCCCCUACUGAAGACGAAAUCACUGUGGCGCUCCAGGAUUCGUAUUACUUCGACUCAGAUAAUCCGUUCCAAUGGUCCUCAUACGACAGUCAACUGGAUGGCCAGUGGCUGCCUAACGACCAAAUUGCCAAUUGGUUCGACCCCGCGACUCUCUCCGGCGUGGAAUGGUCAGAUCCAUUGUUUGUCGAUCCAACCCUUGAGCAAGGAUUCUCGACUCAAACUCCGAACCAUGACGCGUCACAGACAGGAGUCUACGAAAGAGAAAACGUUGCGGCCCAUUCUGUGACCGAGGAAAGGUGCGAUCCAGCCAUCGCCCGCCUUGAAGAAAGAAUGUGUGCCUUGGAGAAGCAGGUAGACUGCAGGCUUUGCGAGGUUGAGGCAGUAGUCAAGAAUGUUCGGACUGAGUAA